CAGUUUGGCCACUAGGUGGCGAUCGGGCGACAGAAGUACACUUUAUUCCAGAAGAAGACAACAGUAAGAGGGAAAAAACGAAGUUUUCAGACCAUAAAUAGUUACUUUAAAAAUGAUUUCCUUAAAAGAGUUUGGAAGAUUAAUGCCUCUGUCCAUAAGCUUCAGCGUUUUCAGCUUCAGCAUUUUCAGGGAUCAACUUCAGCGUUUCAGCUAUCAGCUUCAGCAUUUUCAGGUGACGAGUCCGCCGCCCUCCGCUCGUCGUGCGUCUUGAGAGGCAGCACGCCGGAGAUGCGACGCAGUCUGCACGGAGCCACCGGAGGAGAUCGGUCGUCUGCACCGACCGUCUGCGGCGGAACACAACCCGAGGAGACAAAGAGCCACGGGCGCCCGACCUGACCGCAGGAACGGACAGGCCAGCGGCGGCUGAGCGGGGACCCGCGGAGCUCCACCGGCAGGACUGUGGGACUGCCCGCCCGAACUCCCCCCCACAUCCACCGAGCCAUGUCUGAGACGGAGCGAUGGGGAAGUUUGACGACAACGAGAGGAUAAUCCUCAACGUCGGAGGAACCAGGCACGAAACCUACAAAAGCACCCUGAAGACCCUGCCGGGGACGCGCCUGGCGCUGCUCGCCUCCGACUCGGACAUCGACUCGGUGCUGGAUCAGCUGCAACAAGUCCCGGGCUUCAUCGAGUACAACGCGCGCACCAACCAGUACUUUUUCGACCGUCACCCGGGGGUCUUCGCCUACGUCCUCAACUACUACCGCACCGGGAAGCUGCACUGCCCCGCGGACGUGUGCGGUCCGCUGUUCGAGGAGGAGCUCUCCUUCUGGGGCAUCGAUGAGACGGACGUGGAGCCCUGCUGCUGGAUGACAUACCGGCAGCACCGGGACGCGGAGGAGGCGCUGGACGUGUUCGAGCUCAACGUGGACAAUGGGGACGAGGACGACGACGUGGCGGGGAGGCUCGGCAUCGAGGACGUCCACGCGGACGGGAACGUCAGCCUGUGGAGGAAGUGGCAGCCGGUCAUCUGGAACUUGUUCGAGGAUCCGUACUCCUCGCGGGCAGCGCGGUUUGUUGCCUUUGCCUCUUUGUUCUUCAUCCUGGUCUCUAUCACCACCUUCUGCUUGGAGACCCACGAGGCGUUUAACACAAUCAUCAACAAGACAAACAUGCGGAAUAACAGCUGCCAAGACUUGGUUCCACAGUAUGAGAUAGAGACUGACCCUGCGCUUACCUACGUGGAGGGUGUUUGUGUUUUCUGGUUUACUAUUGAGUUUUUGGUGCGAGUGACCUUCUGCCCAGUCAAGCUGGAGUUUGUUAAAAAUGUUCUAAAUAUCAUUGACUUUGUGGCAAUUCUGCCCUUUUACUUGGAAGUGGGGCUGAGUGGCCUGUCUUCAAAGGCUGCCAAGGAUGUGUUGGGCUUCCUCAGGGUUGUGCGUUUUGUUCGGAUACUGCGUAUCUUCAAACUGACACGCCACUUUGUGGGGUUAAGGGUGCUUGGUCAUACAUUGCGGGCCAGCACCAAUGAAUUUCUGCUGCUUAUCAUCUUCCUUGCAUUGGGAGUUUUAAUUUUUGCAACCAUGAUAUAUUAUGCCGAGCGGAUUGGCGCUAAGGCUAAUGACCCCACUGCUUCCCAACAUACCAAGUUUAAGAAUAUUCCCAUUGGCUUUUGGUGGGCUGUGGUAACCAUGACAACACUUGGCUAUGGAGAUAUGUAUCCAGAGACCUGGUCGGGCAUGGUAGUGGGCGCCUUAUGCGCUUUAGCUGGUGUGCUGACAAUAGCAAUGCCCGUGCCUGUGAUUGUUAAUAACUUUGGGAUGUACUACUCUCUGGCCAUGGCCAAACAGAAGCUUCCCAAAAAAAGGAAGAAGCACAUCCCUCAGGCAGUGCAGGGAGGAUCUCCAACCUACUCCAAAGGUGAACUAAACAUGACCUGUAACAGCACUCAAGGCGACCUGUGCCAUCUCAAAGGGAGCAGAGUUCUGCAACGCAACCGAUCAGAGUUCCGGACGCCACGUGACUCCCUGUAGUCAGUCGGCCAUUUUGGCAGCAAUAUGACUAGCACCACCGUGAGCACCACUGUUGAAACUUUCAAGCCAUCGGAGUAUCAAUGUAACCUCAAUUCACAUGACAUUGAGCUUUAUUUUUUUAUUAAAUUAAAAAGAUUAAAUAUUACCCAAUAAUGUUCCCGCCGUACUUUUUAAAGGUACCUCUGCUGAAGAAAAUGUCCCACAUCUAUGUUAUCCAGACAUAUGACUACCUAAUUAACUUCCCAUCAUCCUACUGGAGACUCUAAAAGUUUACAAAAGCCUGGAGAGUUAUAAAUGGACUUAAUCUGGGUUUGUAGCUAACAUUUACCUGUGGAAUCUUCAAUCAAAAAAUUGCUGCAUCAUCACCAGAAGGGUAAGCUAACAUUAGCAUAGCUAGCAGCAGGAUCGUAGUGUUGUUUGUUGACAUUAGCUUGACUAACACGUCUGGUGGUCAUUUUUAUUUUCCCUCUAUAAAUACAUUAUACAUUUCAGGAUCCACAUUUUGAUUGCUACUUUAGUGCUUGCUAACUUAAACACGACACUGUUAUCCCCACAAAUUACAUCAGUGAACUGUGGUUUUAAACUAGCGUCAAUCCAAAGCCACAAUUAUAGCAUAUAAUGAAAGUAAGUAAGCUUUGUAAACGUUAACAUACGUGAUAUGAAGUAAAAGCUGGACAAACGGAAUCCGACUGUUGCAGGGUCCAUCUUUCAGUCUUGCUUUGCUAGCUCCUGGCUCUUUUAAUGACACUGAUCUGGUUAGCUGUGAUCCUUAUGAAUGCAAUAAAUAAUGUACAGUGUUUCCCUGCUUAUUCACAUUUUUAACUUAAGACGCUUGUAUGACAUUUUUGAAAUAAUAAUAACAUAAUAAUAAAAAAAUCUUUAUGUUGAGAAAUAAUCCAGUUUUCUUUAAUACAUUUUAUAAAAAAGCAUUAUCAGAGUGUUUUUGAUGAGUAUGGAUGGACCAUAGUAAUGGUAAUACCAUAGGUUACUGUUUCUACUGUUUCUAUUG